AUGAAUGAUGUUAGGUGCCAAUCUCUGUUUUUCAUACGUCUUCCUGACCUACGAAACUGCGCUGUGAAGGUUACAGUGAGUUCUCAAUUGGCAGGAACUGGGAUUAGAACGGAACAAAGGAAGAUGUGCAGGCAGCUCUUGCUUCUCCACCAAGAUGUCCUUUCUUCACCUGUUCCUGGAACAUUGGAUCAAAUUUCAGUGGUUAUGAUGAUACCCUUUUACAAAUCAGGAAAAAUUCAAACUUAUAUGGAGAAACAUGGAGCUAUAAUGGCAAUGCCAGAGAGAGUUAUCCCAGCUGUCUUUCAAACCUGCCUUUCUUAUACACUUACAGCCAAACUUGCUCCUAAUUGGAACCAAGCUGGUCAUCUGUUGAUACAAGGGAGAGGUUUUCUGUCACAACCAGGAAAGCAAAAUGCAGUUGUUAUGAACAUCAAUGUAUCGGAGACUCAGCUUUGCAUUAGUGUAGAAGUUUGCACAGUACGGCUACCACCACCUGAGCUAGAAGAUUUUGAUAUUUCAGCAAACAUCUUAAAGCGAUUUGACAAUAAUAAUAAUGUAGUCAUUCAAAGAUGUUCUAUUUUAAGUAACUGGUGCUAUGUUUUACCAAGCAUGAAAAUGGGUCAGGUUAUAAGCAUCAGUCAUACAAUUCCAUCUGAUUCUCCCUUUCGGUCAUAUGGCGAUUUGCAACUGCAUUGGGAAAAUCUGUACGGCUAUACUCUCCCUGAGGAUCCUCAGACGUAUUGCAGCAUUUAUUUCAAGAUGAUAGGGGAGCAACUCUUUACAUAUCUUUUAUAUACUUUAAUUGUAUAUCCUUUCAGUUGCAUCAGAAGUCAGCCAGUGCAGUACUUUCCUAGAGUACAUUUAGAAGAUGUUUUAAAUGCUUUUGUUACUGAUCUGAAGACUAUCAUUCCUCAUACAUGUGGAUUUCCUCUUAAGAUGACAAGUAAAGCAUUGUACGCCACAAAAGAUCUUACACAAUCUUCUGCACAGAAAGUAAACUCUAAAGCAACCAAUCUCACUGGAAAAAGGAAUUGCAAAGUAACUUUGACUCAAGUAAUUCCCCCAAAAGGCAUGUUCAGUCCUUCAGCAGGUAAUACAGAAAAUAGCCACAAGAUGGAGCUUAAAGUCAACCAGUCAGAAACAGACAUUUUCUCUAAUUUCAAUUUACUAGCAGAAGAUGAGGCAAAGCAGGGAAGAGUCUAUGGCAGGAAGCAAUGGAAAACUCCUAAAGAACCUGCGCUGAUGCUGAACUCAAAAGAAUCUUUUCAAAUGUCAAAGAAGUCUUUAAAAAAAGAUCCCACCAGAAUCAUACCUAUUUUCAAAGGAAAGCUGUUGCAGAUGGAUAGGCAAGCAACAAACACCAUCCAUGGAAAGAAAAAGCAGAAUGUUUCACACCAUUCACCAAAGGUUAUGAAAACUAAUACCGCUGCUAAACUGGUUCUAUUCAAGUCCAGCAAAUAUCAAGUUAACCAACCAUUACAUGUUGCAUCGUUAAAAAAUAAUACAAAUAGAAGUGUUCUUCAGAUGCAGGUUGAAAAACCCAAUGUAAAUUCCACUAUAUUUUCGUUGAAAGGUAAAAAUGAAGAUUUUGGAUAUCUGCCUAAUUUUGCUUUCAUUAAUAGAGCAGUUUUAGAUAGGAAUUCAAGUAAAAUCAAAUCCAGGCGGCUAAAUUCCUCUUUGAUGCCUAUUUGUGACCAAUCAAUGCAGCAUGCAUCAACUAUUCAUCAACAUUUGAAUAAACCUGCAAAUCUUAGUACAAGCCAGAUUGUACUGAGCACUGGAUCAAAGAAACCCCAUCUCUACAUAUCUCACUCAGAUAUGGAUGGGAAAACCCCCAGAACAUUUCACAAUCAAACACGAAGCCUGACUGAAGAAGCAAAGGCAAACGCUUACAAAUUAACCAAUUCAUUGUGCAAGAGAAACAAACGGGGAGCUCAAAAAGAGCCAGUGUUGCUAGCUGAGAUGUUCUUGGAACAGCUUGAAUGA